AUGACUAAGCAGAUGACUGGGAAAAACGCCCUUCUGAAUUACAAUGGUUACGGAUGCUACUGUGGACUGGGAGGAUCCAAACAGCCACUAGAUGCGACCGACUGGUGCUGUCAUGCUCACGACUGCUGCUACGAGAAGAUGUUGGCACGUGGCUGUGAUCCCAAACUGGAAUCCUAUUCUUACUCCAUCCAGUCGGGCAACAUAGCCUGCAGUGGGAAAACCGUCUGCCAGAAACAGACCUGUGACUGUGACAAGGCUGCGGCGAUGUGUUUCCAAAGGACCGCCCACACCUUCCGCAGAAAAUAUCUCUAUUACCCAAACAUCCUCUGCAAGGGACCCUCUCCCACGUGCUAG